AUGUUUGUCAAGAGCACCGGCAGGAGGGCGAGAAAUUCAGUGAACAUCGUCCCGAUCCUGCAGCCCGCGGAGAAACGGAUCGGCGCGAACGCACAUGGUCGAAAGUCUGGAGAUAAGAUUGGGCGCAUUCGCCCUACCGUGCUCAAGGUAGUUGCCGGAGAUCUCCAAAUCGCUGAUGAUAGCGCCGAUAUUUCUCCCACCAAAAACUCCAAAGCAAUGAAUGAGAAUCAAACGCCGUCCAGUGCCAGCACCUUUGGGACAAAAUGUACUCCACAAGAAACCUGA